CCCGGCGAAAAAGGUCCCAUUGCUCCAGGGCUUCGCCGGAGCCACUUUUUCUUCCUCCCGUCUGUCGGAGGGAGCCGCCGGGAUGCCGCUUUACGAGGGUCUCGGGAGCGGCGGCGAGAAGACGGCCGUGGUGAUCGACCUGGGCGCGGCCUUCACCAAGUGUGGCUUUGCUGGCGAGACUGGACCAAGGUGUGUGAUUCCUAGUGAAAUAAAGAGACCUGGUAUUCCAAAGCCUGUCAAGGUUGUUCAGUACAACAUCAAUACGGAGGAGUUGUAUUCGUACCUGAAGGAGUUCAUCCACAUGCUUUAUUUCAGACACUUGCUGGUGAAUCCCCGAGACAGGCGCGUCGUGAUCGUGGAGUCCGUGCUGUGCCCUUCCCACUUCAGAGAGACGCUCACGAGAGUGCUUUUCAAGUACUUUGAGGUUCCUUCGGUGCUCUUUGCUCCCAGCCACCUGAUGUCCCUGCUGACCCUCGGGAUUAACUCCGCCAUGGUCCUCGAUUGCGGCUACACGGAAAGCCUGGUGCUGCCUAUCUACGAGGGAAUCCCUGUUCUGAGCUGCUGGGGAGCCCUUCCAUUGGGAGGAAAAGCCAUUCACAAGGAGUUGGAGUACCAGCUGCUGGAGCAGAGCACGGUGGAUACGGGAGCAACCAAAGGGCAGAGCCUUCCCUCCGUGAUGGGCUCAGUUCCUGAAGACAUCAUAGAAGACAUAAAAGUUCGCACCUGUUUUGUGAGCGACCUCCAGAGAGGACUGAAAAUUCAGGCGGCGAAGUUCAACGUGGACGGCAGUGCUGAGCGUCCAGCUCCUCCUCCGGACGUCGACUACCCGCUGGACGGAGAGAAGAUCUUGCACGUGACCGGAGCCAUCAGGGACUCCGUGGUCGAAAUACUCUUUGAGCAGGACAACGAAGAGCAGUCGGUGGCCACUUUGAUCCUGGACUCACUCUUACAGUGUCCAAUCGACACCCGGAAGCAGCUGGCAGAGAACCUGGUGGUGAUCGGGGGCACGGCCAUGCUGCCCGGCUUCCUGCACCGGUUGAUGGCGGAGAUCAGGUACCUGGUGGAGAAGCCAAAGUACAAGGAGACGCUGGCCACCAAGGCUUUCCGCGUGCACAACCCACCUGCCAAACCCAACUGCGUGGCUUGGCUGGGAGGAGCCGUCUUUGGAGCCCUUCAGGAUAUCCUCGGGAGCCGUUCCGUGUCGAAGGAGUACUACAACCAGACCGGCCGCAUCCCCGACUGGUGUUGCCUCAAUAACCCUCCCCUGGAAAUGAUGUUUGAUGUCGGGAAAACGCCACCUCCGCUGAUGAAAAGAGCCUUUUCCACUGAGAAAUAGGGAUCUGGCCGAGAGAGGACCCUCCCCCCCCCCCCCCCCCGUUCAUUUGGCACUUCCCCUCCCCCGUUCCUUUCCCACAUUCUGGUGACUGCAAUGGAGCUGAACGGGGAGCACCCUCCCAAGCAGUGCCGCCACUGGAUGCCCCUCCCCCCUUUCUGUCUGACAAAACCAGCGCCAGUGAUAUAUUUAUGGGUACCAGCGGCAAGAUAGGUGCCCCCGGGCUCUCGACCCUCCUGUAUUAUUCAGAGGUGGAAUUCUAGCGGGAGCUCCUUUGUAUAUUAGGCCACACACCCCUGAUGUAGCCAAUCCUCCAAGAGCUUACAAAAAAGAGCCUUGUAAGCUCUGGGAAGAUUGGCUACAUCAGGGGGGUGUGGCCUAAUAUGCAAAAGGAGCUCCUGCCAGAAUUCCACCCCUGGACCAUUAUUUAUAUAGUUCUUUAGAAGUGGAGGGUGAGAACUGCCUGGAACCUGUAAUUGCACGUGUAACUUUCUUUCAGCACCGUGUUUGUUUUGCAUUUGUCGAUGGCUGAAAUAUUUAAAAAGCGGCAGAGUAAAACCUGCUUCUUA